AUGGACUCAUCGCGAAUACUUCCCGUAUCUGAGCCGAAUCCGGUGGAAUACUUGUUUAACGCAAAAGAGGCUGUUGUGAUCCUAUCGCAGGCCUCCAUCUAUGGACAGAACGUGAAAAAUGCUCUCGUGUUUUACCGCGUGGAAGAUCCUCGAAUUCUAGCACAUGUCGCACCGUCAUUUAUGGAAAUCGCUCGGGAUUCGCCUCGAGACUUCCAAGAGUUCAUCGAUGUGGAGGAGAGUAUCCUCACAUAUGUGAGAUAA